UAUUACUAAAUUGAACAUGUCAGCUGUUUUAUUUUUUCAGUCAGGAAGCGAAGAAGGCAAUGCGGAAGAUAAUAAGCCUUGUACGGUUGUGUAGUGCGCCGGCGCGCGCGUUGAAGCGCGAGCCACGCCACAAACAGAGAGGGGUUCCCCUUUCCAACAGCACGCAUAGAGCAGAGAGGCUGACAGAGGCUUUUUUUAAUGUGUGAAAACUCCGACAACAAACAACGAGGAAGUACCGCAGAGGAUCAACUGAAUACCUAAAGUCAAAUUGAACUUUCUAUAAGUGAAAUGACCAGAUUUGAAGGUUGAAGUGAAUCGGCUUUGCGCCUCUCCUCGUGCGCUCUCACGACACAUUUAGGUCUCCAAUGCCCAAAGAGUGCAGGAGAAAGAGCUCCAAGGACUUCGGUCUUUGUGUGACUGGAAUUAACGAUGGGCCGCGAUUAGAGCGAAGAACAGCCGCGAAGGGAUCACAAAUUUGCGAUGAUCUCGUUCAGAUAGCCGCAACCGGAGCGCCGACUGUGAUGGAUGCGCCCCGGGUACCGCAGGUCACCAUCACCCCGGAGGGAGGCGGCUCCUCCCGGGAGAUGCAGCAGGAGGACUGGGAUGAUGUUGUGGGGGGUACCCUGCGCAGGAAAUUAUCCAACUCCUCCAUCUCCUCCACAGGCUCCUCUGUUGCGGAGUCAGAGGAUGAUUUACUCAGCGACAACGAGAGCAAAAGCAAAGGCAUCAUCACUUUAGAGCAUCUGGGGGACACUGGAGAGAGCAACCGGUGGUGGAAGUUGAAGACGAUCGUUAACUGGCCCUUCAGUGUUACGCAGAGGAGGAAACUGAACUGGGUUCAGCUGGCAGGGCAUAAAGGUAACUUCAAAGCAGCAGACGAGGGCAACAUCCUGAAGAAGUUCUCGGAAAACGAGAUGCAGUGUUUCGAGAAGCUGAGGGAUGACGCGCUGCUCUCGUUCGUGCCCGGUUACCACGGCACUGUGGAAAAAGAUGGAGAGUCUUUCCUUCAUAUGACUGACCUGCUGGCAAACUUUGACCUUCCCAAUGUCAUGGACUGCAAGAUAGGAGUGAGGACAUACUUGGAGGAGGAGCUUGUGCGGGCGCGAGAGCGGCCCAAGCCGAGGGAAGACCUUUACAAGAAAAUGGUGGAGGUGGACAGCGAAGGGCCGACUCCCCAGGAGCAUUCCCAACGCGCCGUCACCAAGCCUCGCUACAUGCAGUGGAGAGAGACCAUGAGCUCCACCAACACCCUGGGCUUCAGGAUAGAAGGGAUCAAGAAAUCUGACGACACGUGUCGCACUGACUUCAAGAAAACCAGAUCGAGGCAGGACGUCAUCCAGGUGUUCAAGGACUUUGUCGGAGGGAACGACAACAUCAUAAAGUCUUACCUGAGCAGACUGACGGACAUCCGGCAGGCCCUGAACAAGUCCGAGUUCUUCAAGCAACAUGAGGUCAUUGGCAGCUCUCUCCUCUUUAUCCAUGACCACACGAGCAAUGCGCAGGUGUGGAUCAUUGACUUUGGAAAGACCACGGCGCUACCGGAGGGUCAGGCGUUAAACCACGACACGCCCUGGGAGGAAGGCAACCGGGAGGAUGGCUACCUGUGGGGGUUGCAAAACCUCCUCCACACUCUGGAGUCUGUCAGCAACGACAGGACGAGCGAAGAGCCGUUCUGCCCAGUUACCAAAUAAAAUAGCCAAACUACAGAAACAGAUGGUCAGUGAACUCUGACUUGUAGAUCGGUGAGAGGGACUCAAAUUAUUUCUAAUGGACGCCACAGAUAGCCCCUUAGAGAGGUUUCAAAUAUGUUAAUUAAUUUUACAUAACAAGAACAUAGUGUGUGGCUUCAUGAAGCCACUGACAGAGAAGACACGAUGGACAGAGAGGAACAGAGAAUUUGUCUCUAGUUACUGAAUGAUUGAGCAAAUGAACUGACACUAAUUCAACUUCCUACAAAAUGAACAGAAGUGAAAGUGAAGGGAUUCUGCAUUUCAGUUUCAGGGUGUUACAUGAGAAGGAAAUGCUCUCGAAACACGACUUAAAAAAUAGGAGAAAGUGAGCAAUCACAAGUCCUCAGUCCUCCUUAUUACCAUUUAACCCUCAGCCCUGAUGUUACAUCUGUAGGUGGGAUAUUAAAGGAGAAAUUCUGCGCAGUAUGAAACGCACAGAUAUACAUAUAACUACAACAAUAUAGUACUGCAUACUGUAUAAUGAUUAGUGUGUAUUAUCUGUGUAUCAUUUCAUUGUAUAUCGAUUUAUAUUUCUUUCACUGAUUUUAUUCUUGUAAUCAAACUUCUAAUUAUUUUACAUUCUUUGUUAUAACAUAGCGUUAUAUUUCUGGUCUUCGUCGGGAGAAGCUGAAGUGAAAGUGUAAUGAAUGAAAAUGUAUAUGAAAUUAAAAAGGGACAAUACUGUUUUUUUUCCCCUCAA